AUGGCCUCUCGACUUGGGAGCCCAAUUGGUCCUAGCCUUGGUCUUGUUGAGUCUGGCUCUAUUGGUUCUAACGUCGGUGCCUUGCCAGCCCACACAGCCAGUGGGACGACUGCGUCCUCUAGUGAUUGUCCACUCCCAAUUGCUGCCGCAUCUGGCUCUUCCGUCACAUCGGCUUCGACCUCACCGUCGACUACAGUGUCAGCUUCAGCAACGGCGACUUCUUUAAUUACAACCACAACCACGAACUCGGCAAACCCAGCAAACGUAGCUUCUUCAGCAGCCGUGGGAGGCAUCAACGCACAGGCGUCUACAACGUCCACCUUGAAUGGUUCCAUCGGCCAGGCUUGUAGCGGAGAGCCAGGCGAAGUGGGCUCAGGUGGACCAGGCGCUAGUUAUGGUUUACUGACUCACGUCACACUUUUCAAAGAGAUGCAUGCCAUUCAGUCGAUCACAGUAUCUCGAUCUGGCACACAGGCUCUUGUUACAAUGCACAAAAUGGUGAGAUCUACUUCUGGCUAA